UCAGGAACUAUGGUUAUUCCACUAAUUAAUCAUAUUCACAGGGCUCAAUAUCAAAGGGAAUGCCCCUUUGAACCAUUGCCCUCUGAAGCCAUGCAGGGACUUCUGGCCAAGGCCCUGGCUCUGGGUCUCGACUCGACCAGCCGCGUCAAGUUCACCAUCGGAACCAUGUUCUCGGGCUCCGAUGCCCCCGUUCUUGCCCUCCGUGAACUCCGGGAUGCGGCCAUUGCUCAAGGACACCCAGUCCUCCUGGACUUUGACCAUGAAUUCAGCGUCGAGAUUGAGAAAUACAAGGCGGCUUUCAUUGGCAGAAACUCCAAGCCCAGAGGUCACAUUUAUCGCAAUGCUAUUGAUUUGGCAGACCCGGAUAAGAGGACAGCCAUGACUGCCGAAGGUUCCAUGGCACCCAUCCCAGAAGCACCGGACCUGUUGGUAGCCGGCUCUUCGUGCGUCGAUUUCUCCAAGCAGAACAACCGGAGGAACCCGCUCUGGGCAGGCUCCAUCCUCAACCAGACGUGGCAAGAGUUCAAGGCCUCGGAGAAAGUUGAGCCCCGCCCGCCCUCGGCCCGGCACGAGGUGGUCGAGUUCUUCGAGAAACAGCGAGCUGCCCUGGCUCUGGGUGGACAAGGAGAGUCCACGCGGACCUUUGUGGCGCUCAUCCAGUACAUCUACCACAAGAGGCCCAAGGUGGUUCUUUUGGAAAACGUCGCCGGGGCUCCCUGGAAACAAUUCUCCAAUUUUUGGAUGCCCUUUGUUGGAUACGUGGCCGAGUUUGUCAAGGUGGAUAGCAAGGAUUUCUUGGUCCCGCAGACUCGCAACCGUGGCUAUCUCGUCGCCGUCGACCAGUGGCACUAUGGCGAGCAGUCACAGGCCAUCGCCGAGACCUGGGCCCGGCUCAUGCGAGGCAGCAACUGGUUCGAGAAUGGCCACCCCCCCAUACACAAGUUUCUCCUGGCGCCGGACGACCCGAAGAUCCUCGAGGCCCGGUUCGUCGAUGAGCGCCGGGUGGCCGAGAACCUGACGAGAGACCCCGAGGCACGCAUGUGUUCCUACGACCACGCCAAAGUCCGGCGCGAGAGAGGAUUGGGACCGACGCACCCCUACACCCGCCUCGACGCCCGCGGGAACGUGACCCCCAAGGAUUCCGCCUGGCGCGCGUUCCUCCAGUCGCAGGGCAACCGGGUCCUCGACCUCCUCGACAUCGUUUUCCUCCAGGCCGAGAAGGAAGGCACGGAUCUCGAACACAAGACGAAGACGCUGGAUCUCGGCCAGGGCGUGGAGCGUAUGAACGGAAAGCUGGGGAUCGCCGGCUGCAUCUUGCCGGACGCCAACCUGUUCCUCACCGAUCAGGGCCGGCCCGUCUUGGGCGCCGAGGCUCUCAUGCUGCAAGCCAUCCCCCUGGAUCGCGUGCGCAUCUCGGUCGAGACCCAACGCGAGCUGCACGAUUUGGCCGGCAAUGCCAUGACGGCAACGGUCGUCGGUGCAGCCAUGCUUGCCGUCUUUAUUGCGGAACGCCAGGUCAUGGGGGAAGAAUCGGCCCUAAAGGGAUCCGACGAGGAAGAUGAGGCGGACAUCAUUCGUCGUUUGCCUGUCCUGGGUCACCGAGAGCGUAGUGGCGGCCGCUUACUCUAUCCCGCCCGACUGGAGACGUCCCUUCACUUCUCCACCACGAGGCGAGAGUUCACCAAGGUCGGCGAACUGCUAGACAUCUACGCUCGGGGAAGACGAUACUGCCCCUGCGGUGGGUUUCGCAAACACCACCCGGCCAGGGGUCUAAAGAAAUGCGCCAUCUGCGAAGAGAUCCGCUGCAACGAAUGCGCCGGCAACCCUGAUCACGACUUUGUGGAAUAUCGUCUCGAGAACGACGUCUGCUCUACGGACGAGACCACCGCGGCACUGUAUCGACUCUUGCCGGGACGUUUCCGUCUCGCCAGGGACGGCCUCCAUGCCAGCGACCACCGUUUCGACACGCAGCGAAUCCUUCGCCAUCUGGUUGGUGACGCCGACUCGAGCUUGAACGCGGACAUGUUACACGUGUUGCUGAAGAACCUGUGCGCCGUUCUCGAUUCGGUCUUUUACUUGACCAAGAUUCACGUCCGCCAAGUGAUCACUGCGACUUACAUGUCCCGCGACUGUCGUAUGGACUUGGUGAUGGAAGAAGAUUGCAUCAAAUGGCAGCUUUUCCUGCACGCAGGCUCCAGCGCCGCCGAAGAAAUCCGGGGAACGAUGGCGUGGGAGCCUAGAGUGCCCAUUGCUCGCGCUAUCAUUGACGACCCGGAGCUCAGUUUUCUUCCGGAAGCAGAGGAUUGGAACAUCUUCUGGUCGCGCGGUGAGGACGCCAUCACCCUCACCUUCUCGCCCACCGACCAGGGACUCGCUUGCGAAGUCGAGGCGUACGACCGCCGUCUGAUCACCGAGUGCCGUCAGGAGCCCGGGGUCUCCGAUCUUGUAGAGAUGCUCAGAGGCGAAUUCAAGCGCAGCACAUGCUGCGGUACUCCCAUGGGUGUGCUUUAUACUCGUCUCGGCGAUGCCGGCCGACGGCGUCCGCUUUAUGCUUUCAAGGACGUCGGCAGGGCUACCUCGCCCGGCCAAGACCACUGGGUUCUGGCUCGAAGUGUGAGGAAGGUCGAUCCUGACGAAUACCGGGACAUCUGGUUCAGGGCCUUUGCCAGUCCACCGAAUUCGAAUUCGAACUGGCCGAGCCUUCGUGGCUUCCGCGUCGCCCAAUUCCCACCCGGCGUUUUGCAACCCGUCGGCUUUGCUUUCGAGGAGAUGCAUGUUGGUCACGGCCUGAAACGCUUCUUCCCCGACCCUGGACAGGGACUGUUUCCCCUGAUGCAGCUGAGGCUUCCGAUUCCCGACAUGCACUUCCCGGUCCCGUUGCUCCCCAAGCUGUGGAACACGAACGGCCAGGUGUUCCAACACUUGGCUCUCCAAGCAGAUGAUGGCUCCGGGAUGUGGCUCAGGGUUCAAGAAGAUCACCAUCGCGAUGCCCUGCGCGUGGUCGAGUUCGCCACCCGGAUGAUCGGUCCUCACUUCUUCCCCAGGGAGAUCCGUCAGGGCCUCCUCGUGGAGUGUGGGCAGGCGACUCUCGAACAGCUUGACGCCGAUUUUCGAAAGCCGAAGCUGUUCCGGGUCUGGGAAUCGGCCAAGUUUGUGGAAGUGUUCGAGGACCCGGCGGAACUGCCGCGCUACCUCGAGGCCCUCGACAAGCGCCCUUUGCCCCUGGAGCUCGACGUGCAGCUGGUCGAAGCGGGGGGGAAGCGACUCGCGGGACAACACCUGUACUCCGUGCGCCCCGACUUUGAGAGCCCCGUGUACCCCGAGCUCUUGAUGAGGUUCCUUGUCAAUCCCACCGCUCUUGCCCACGAAGCUUGGCAGAAUUUGUCGUCGCAACAUGGCGUCGCAGAGAAAGUGAGGACGUUCAGGCGUGAUACGACGCAGCGAAUGGGUUUCCGCGUGGAAGUCGGUUUCGUCGAUCCGAGUCUGAAGAACCUGGCCCCUUUCCGUCACCACUUGCUGGCCGGCUUGUACAACUCCCCUCCCGACUUUGCAGAUGCCGAGCAACAGAUCAUCCCCCCCUCGUUCGCGAAGAACAACAUGGAACUCAGACCCGAUCAGAGAAAGGCCGUCCUCUGGAUGGUGCAGCAGGAAAGCCCCGCGACGUGCUUUGUCGAGAGGGAGACGGCAGAGUGCCUCGUCUCGGACACGAUGCGCAUGCGAGCGCACGCCGAGGCGACGAACCACGCCCGGGGCGGCGUCCUUGCGCAUGACGUUGGCUAUGGAAAGACGGUCGUCACCCUUGGCCUGAUCGACUAUCAGAAGCUGAAGAACCCGCACGGGAGUGUAGAGGAACGCCUGAACUGGACCCAACACGGCCAUCAGCACCUCAAAGCCUCCCUCAUCAUCUGCCCUCCGCAAAUCGUCCGACAGUGGGAGUCGGAGGCGAAAAAGUUUCUAGGCAAGGGAUGGAAGAUUGUGACAAUCCAAUCGGCGACGAAGAUUCUGAGAGCGAGCCUCGAGAGAGCCGACAUUGUGAUUGUGAGCAGCUCGGUGAUCGAGGACCUGAAGAGCUUGCGAAAGCUGGCGUUCCUCGUUGGUGAGCGCGAAGCGAAUGUCAGGGAUCUACCGGAGCGCGUGUUUGGGGAGUGGUAUCGCGACAGUCUGGAUCGGCUUCGACUUCAUCGACAGACGUGGGAGGAGGACGGACAUGUCGAGGCGGCCGACGAGAUCCGCGAGCUGCAACAGGUGCGAGACAAGGAGCUUCGACAGGCGCUGGGAAAGCGAGUUCCCGACUCGAGCAGGAAGGCGCAGAAGACGACAACGGGGAGUUCUCCUCUGCAACAUACGACUGGGAAGGGCCAGCAGCAGCAGAAGCAAGAAAACCACGACGGGGAGGGCCCUCGAAAGUUGGCUUCCACAGUGUCCACCGAGGAGGUCCGUUGCGUUUUCGAGACGGGCACCUUGCUCCAGCUGUACACCUUCGAACGCGUCGUGAUGGACGAGUUCUCGUACGAGAACAAGUUCCUUUCCGCCUUUGUCAAGAACGCCGUGGCCGGCUCCAAGUGGAUUCUCUCCGGCACGCCGCCCGUGGCGAACCUGGCCCAGGUGUGCGCCAUGGGCGACCUGAUCAACAUCCACAUCGCCCGCUAUGAGCCGUCCGUUCCCUCGUGGUUCCCUGCCAUCACCAAAGGACCUCGACCCGACUACCUGACGAAAUCCGAGUCGCUCCGAUCGUACGGAGUGCCCAAGACGGCGCAGUUUGCUCUCGAACGUCACCAGCACGCUUGCCGGUUUCUCGAGGAGAAGGUGCGCCAGCAGGAGACGGACACGUCGCACAUCCAGACCACCGAGCAGGCCGUCGUGUGCUACCUGGAUCCUAUCAGCGCCGUCGUGUACUACCAGUUUCACCGCAGGCUGCGCGACGCGAACUGGGAUACCGAGGAGGUGCCUGAUGAGCUGAAGCCCAUCAUGUUAUCUCUGCUGGCAGGCGCCGACGUGGCUUCUUCUUCGUCUUCUUCUUCUUCUUCCUCCUCCCAGAGACACAACCGAGCUCGGGAGAACCUGCGAACGACGUGGAGAAACACCAUCCAGGCGCUGCUAGCCCAGGCAUCGCUCAACUUGGCACCGUUUGCGAAGAGCCUGCAGAGCAUGGACCUCGACGUCUCGGACAGCGGGAACGCCAUUGACUUGAUUACCCAGAGCGUUUGGAGCGUUUACGAGAGGGAGAUCACCCGCUACAAGAGGAUGCUCAAGAGUCAGUUCGACAUGACCAUGUACUUGCUCGCCAUGGCCUUGCGGGAUGCUGCUGAUCCCGGAAUCCGUCUCACCCAGACUCAGAACGCCAAGCGGGAGACGUACAUCGCUCAUUGGAACGACUUGCUAGAGGAGAUCAGGACGCCGACGAUUCCGGCAGAGAAGCUGGGCGAUAACCAAAUCAGGGCGGUUCUCUUUGACGUCGUAGCACCGAAAAUGGGACCCCGUGCGGAGGCGGGGGAUGAUGAAAGAGACUUUUGGGACCCGGAGCAGUGGUCUCCCUGGUACGGCGGCAGAGGGAUUCAUACCCCCCUCGACUGGUGGAAUCUGACCGAGGAGGACCUUGCCACAAUGUCUCGGGCGGAGCUGUGCUACUUGAAGGCGGUCUUGACCCAGUUUGACAACUGUUGCGACAACGACAAGAGCAAAGACGGCGAAACAGGUCACGAGGAGGAGGAGGCGGAGGAGAAGAACGGACCCGAAGAAGAGGGAGAAGACGACCUCAGGGCCGCGGUGAAGAAUCUCUUGGAGACGGACGUCUUAACGAAGCGCCGAGCUGCCAAUGAGAACGAAGUGGCCGACCACGUCGGGCUGAAGACCAAGGAGUGUCUCCCCGCCUACUGGGCCGAUCAGACGAAAGCCAAGGAUUUCAUGUUCGGCAGCCGACUGUACGCGUCGCGUCCCAAGAGCGGCGAAGAGAUCAGCGAAAGGGGCGUGCAGCAAGACCAAGUCAUCAACCACUUCCAGAUGUCCGUGCAGAACGUCGGCGAGGGCAUCAGAAAGUUUGUCCAGAGCUACCGCAAUCUGCGCGUCGUCAUGCGGAUCAUCGAGCUGCUCAGCAGGGGCGCGCCUGAUGAUGCCAGGAGAAUCGACUGCGAUCAGUGCAAGAGGGAGAUCACGGCGGAUACGCCCCUCGACCGGGUCUAUCUCUUCAUGGCGUGUGGGCAUGUCGUUUGCUGUGCGUGCGCCCGUGCAUUCCAGUCGCCGUGCGAAGCCACUGCCACUGCCGCGACUUUUGGAGCGAAGAAGUGCGCGGCGCCUUCGUGUGGCUCGAUGGAUGGGGAUUCUCUGGUCCGUACUGACGAGAUCAUCACGGGAAAGAUUGAUGUCGAUACGGACGACAACGAGACGAUUACGUUGAGGGGACCAAGCGCAAAGGUGCGAAAGAUUGUCGAGACGAUUCAGAAAUGUGUCGUCGAGAAAGGAGAAAAGGCGCUCGUCUUCGUGGGGUUCCAGUCUCUCAAGACGCAGCUGUUCGAGGCGCUCAAGGACGCCGGCUUGGAUGUCUACAUGACCACGGGGUCCCCGCAAGAUGGCGGUGUCAUUGAGAAGUUCAAGAUGCAAAAAGAAGGCGAAGGCAAGAUGACGACCAAGGUCCUCAUCCAGAGCCUCCUCACUUCCGAGUCGGCUGGCACCAACCUGCCCGAGGUCAACCACGUCAUGUUCGCCUCGCCGCUGCAUACCGACACGGAGAGCUACUACGCCUACCACCGGCAGGCCAUCGGACGGGCCAAGAGAGCCGGGCAGACGCGGACGGUCCACAUUUACCACUUUGUGACGGCGCACACCAUGGAAGUGGAGGUUCUGGAGCACCGUCUGGGAUAUCCGCUUUAUGUUUCCUCCGACUCGGACAGGGUCCCGAUUGAUGUGCAGCGGCGGGAGGCGCAUGAGAAGAGGCUGCUUUAUGGCAAUAGGUCAGGUCGGGCCAAUGGCAGUGGGAGUGGGAAUGCCGGCGUCAAGAAUGGUGGUCAGACUCGCCAGGCGCAUCCUUCUACUACGACGCCCUCCAUUUCGACGUCUCCCCUUCUUCCUGGUGGCAAUGCCCAUGGACAUUCUUCGAUGAAGCGAAUCGUGUCGCAUAUCGGGCGUCAGGAGGUCCGCAGACUACUUCGGUCACAGGAAUAUCACGAGUUUUUGGACGAGCUGGACGGUUGA